GAAGACCUGUCACAUUCAGACGUGACUUGUGCUUAUUCUGACUACAUCUAACAUCAAUGUCGUUGUAUCUGGGUCUCCACAGAUCUUUUAAAACAUUGUGAUGAACAUAUAAAACGGAACUAUUGGCUUAGCAAAGCUACCUAGAAGUGCUUUUACGUAAACUUAGUGGUGAAUUUAUAGCAUGCACUGUCCAAUGUACGUGAAGUAUUUGUUAUUUGCAGCAUAUCUCGGAUUUGCUGCAUCUUCGGUAAAUGUCACGACAGGACCAGCCACAGAUGGAGUACCACGGCUAGACUUGCCAAGCCUAGAGAGUGGCUACCACGGGCUGGUCAAGGAGAAUGAGACCAUCGUGGAAGUUACACCUCGCAUCAGGGCUGUUGGGGCGGACAUUUGCAACUUUAGGAUAGUAAACAAACAUCAUGGGGAGGCACCAUUUGAGAUUGUUCUCAAGAACAAGGGUGAAGCUGAACUUCGAGCCCGGAAAGUACUGAACUGUGAAAAAAGGAAAAACUACAAGUUUGAUAUUGCCGCUGUGAGCUGCUCUGGCGAAGUUUCAGACAAUGCUACCGUCCAUAUAUCAGUCAUUGACAUAAAUGAAUACCCACCAACUUUCCUCGACCCAUCAUAUGUGUGUCAAGUGGAUGAAGGAAGGUUAUACGAGGAAAUAGUCAGAGUCGAAGCAACAGACAGGGACUGCACACCCAAAUAUGGAGACGUGUGCAAAUAUGAGAUUCUGACAAGUGAUCAACCGUUCACCAUUGAUAAUGAAGGAGCCAUACGAAAUACGGAGCCUCUGGACUAUGAACGUAGUCACAACCAUAUCCUUUCAGUAGUUGCUUAUGAUUGUGGUAUGAAGCAGUCGGUACCGGUUAUGGUCACCAUCAAAGUGAACCGCAUUUGUAAACUAGGAUGGAAAGGUAUUCCUGAGAGAAUAGACUAUGCCCCAGGCACAGGGCGAGAAGACCUGUUCCCGGACGCAGAACUAGAGCUUUGUGAUGUGCCAUGUGUUGUUCACAAUGUGGAGACCAAACUAAGUCUUGCCACCUCUCAUAUCGGAAAGGGUUGCGACAGAGACACUUACUCUGUGCAGAGCCAACGGAAGCUAUGCAGUGCUAGCAUGGACAGUGUAGACUUACUCCCGAGCCCAGGCAUUGGCUCAGAAUGGACCAGGUCUUUGCCGACAGAUGAAGGGCGAGAAUCAGAUCAGAUUUUUGAAUUUGAUGGUGCUAGCUCUGCAGUUGCCAUACCACCAGAUGUACUGGACCACAAUCUUGCCUCUACAUUCACAAUUGCCACGUGGAUGAAACACAAACAGAACCCUGAGCAAGAUAAACAUGUUAAAGAACACAUUCUUUGCUCUGCUGAUGAUCACAAAAUGAAUCGUCAUCACUACGCAUUUUUUGUGCGUAAUUGCCGCUUGAUUUUACUUCUUCGUAGAGACUUCUCAGAAGGCGAUCUCAACAUUUUCCGGCCUGCUGAGUGGAGAUGGAAAUUGCCUCAGGUUUGUGACAAUGAGUGGCAUCACUAUGCUGUAUCGGUGAAGUUCCCAGAAGUGAGCUUGUAUGUUGAUGGCCAGUUAUUUAAGGCUGAGAAGAAAAAUCCUGAAAUAAUUGAUGAUUGGCCUCUUCAUCCAACGAAGGGCAUUAAUACAACCCUUACAGUUGGUGCAUGUUGGCAAGGUUCAGACAACAAAAUGAAACAUCACUUCCGUGGAUACUUGGCAGGAUUGUCUGUGUUGCUACAUACAGUGGAAAAACCAGAGGUACUGAGUUGUUUGCACAGGUGCAAAGAAAGCUUAGAGGUCCCAGCAAUGGAAUUGCUGGAGCCAGGAAUGGAACUCCUCACCAACAGUGAUCUGACUGAACUAAGCAUUGAAGGAGAUAAUAAGACCAACUUGGUAAUUUUAGUCAGAAAGAUUGGUUACACAAAUUCCAGGCAAUUCCCUACUCCAGGAAGACGGAAUUUGCAUCUUUCUACUGUAGUUACGUGUGAGCGGGGUCGUCCAGUGAAGGUGCCGAGUGUUGAGAGCUAUGUUAUGGUGUUGCAACCACAACAACCCAGCAUUGAAAUAAAUGGAACUGGUAACAUAGCUCGCGAAUACGAAGAUUUCCGUCUGGGGGUCAGAGUAUUUACAGAUGUCCACAUCACUGUGGGCCAUGCCAAAGGACAGAAACCUUGGAAACAUGGUGAACCUGUGAGUGUGAUUGAGAAACAGUUGGAUUCAUGCACUGUAUCAGUCUACCCUCCAUUGAAUCCCGACCAUGAGACAGUCUCACUUCCAGAGAACAUGUUAACUCAGUUUGGAAUCAUUGCCAAAGUCAACAAGGAUGGAGUUGUAGUGUCUGGAGCUGACAAAAUUUACAAUUAUGAGCAGGUUUUGCGGCAGAUUCAGUACACAAACAGAAAACCAGCAUACUAUCUCAACCGAGUUUUUAAGCUGAUGUGCUCAGAAUUGAAUGGACGGUUCAUGAGCAAUGAGUAUAUCCAGAUGUUGACUGUAAUCCAUCCGCGCUUACCUGCAAACCACAAUCUCAAUGCCAACAAAGGCGUGGACGUGGUGAACCCCACUGUGCCGGCUGCGAGCCACCACGAAGCAGCGAACGAGGCGCCCGCUGAAGCCAGCAAGUUGCAGUCCUUCCCGGCACCUGCUCACGCCCACAUCGACAGGCAUCACGCAGAGCUGCGGCCAGCCCACACACUCAGCGAAGGCUAUCUGGCCUCCAACAUGGACUCCACCCAGGCCGUUGUUGCUGGCGGAAGUCAUGCUGUGACAAUCAUCAUAGUGGUGUGUGUUGGAUUCCUACUUUUUAUGAUCGUGCUGGGUGUGAUCAGGAUUCGAGCAGCCCACCAUCGUGCUACUCAGGAGGAGAUUGUAGACACUGAAAUGGCAUGGGAUGAUUCUGCCCUCACAAUUACAGUUAAUCCAAUGGAGCAACUGGAUGGCUCGGCACAGGGUGCGCAACCUGCGGAGACUCAGGCUAGUGGUACUGGAUGUAAUAACGACGACGACGACUCAUCUGACGAUGGGUCAAGUUACCGUGAUGAUCUGGAUUCAUCUGAUGAAGAAGAUGAAGGAGCAGAAGGGAAAAUAAAAGACCUUGAAUGGGACAAUUCAACACUUGCCAUUUAAAGGCCAAGCGUAGGUUGGGUCCGUAAGCAAACUGGAGAGUUGUGACACCCCAGCUUUCUUCGUGUAUUCAUGUAAAAAGUUCUUGAGAAGACUUUUAAAAACAUGAAGCAAAAUUAGAGCGACUAAAUUAUCACCUGAAAAGUAGUAGAUUUUUCACAGCUCAGUGCAAAAUGAACAAACGUACUAAAACACAUUUUAAUAACAUAGUAAAAAUACUGGAGUUCUUUUAUUAGUGUCUAGCCAUGAAAUAGUGUGUUUUUAUUGGUGAGGAAAUUUUAUUUGGUGCCUGUGUGUAUAUUUACUCUUUUGAGCAGAAUGUUAUAACUAUAAGCACCAACAAUGAAGGCAAUAUUUCUUGAUCUGUUGGAGUAUUUGGUCAUUCCAAUGUUGUAUUCUGUCUGAUGUAACAUAUAAUGUUCUGCUACUACUAUAUAGCUACGAAAUGUAAAAUUUGAAGUGUUAUAUACUAAAAUUGUAUGUUUUAAGAUGUCCUGCAACUGGGGUUAUGGGCCUGAGUUGGCAAAUUAUUUUUUAUACAUUCAUUUAACUAUAAAAGACAGCUAUUGAUUUGCUAUUGGUAGGUACAUAUUUUUUUUUAAAGUAUGGACAUUUUAAAAUAUUUUUGUUAGUGUUCCUUUGCAGGGAAACUUAGUUUUUCAAUUUUUUACUUUGAGUAUUGUUCCUUAAUACUGCAAAUGUGCAGCUGAAUGAUACAGUUUUAACAUCUUCUCUUGCUGCUUUGUAGUUAUGUGCAAGUACUUAACAUUUAAUUUAUUGUUUAAGGCUUCAAAAACAUUAAGUUAUUAUUUUACUGUAUCAUAAAUAAUGUAUGAAAUAAGCUCAUGUAGCAAAUAGCUCUCACUUAGUGAUAAGUGUACUGUAGAUAGGUUCUUGUUAUUUUUGCAAGAUUUAACCUUCCUAUAUUAUUGUGAAGCGCACAUUUAACAAUUAUGUACUUAAAACAUCUAAUACUCAGAUGCUUUUGUAUUUUUAUAUACUGUGUAUACAUUUUCAUUAGUAAAAUGUUAUCAUCAUGCAAUUUCAGCAAAAAAAAUUUCUUCCAGUAUUAAAAUCAUAACAACUAUUAUUAAGAAAAUGCUUUUUAUAAUUUUUUUUUGUUCUUCAGUUAAAUGCUUGUAAGUUACCCACAGUCAUAAAAUCAAAUGGUAUAUAUCUGUGUCUUGGUUAAGUGCUUGCACAUUUGUUAGUAGCUUUUACCCACAGUAUAUGUUACAAACCAGCAUUUGAAACAAGUUAGACUUCGUUUUAAGUACUGAUUUUUAAUUAUGUUUUUGUUUCAAUUUUUGUUUUUGAAAGUUUGCAUUAAAUUUUUUGCAAAUUAAGAUUUGAUUACAAAAACAGAUUUUGAUAAGCACAAACUGCAGCGAUGAUAAAGUGUAUUCAGUGUCAAAUCCUUCCCAAGAGCUGUACCUGUAAUCAUGUAAUUUUUUAAUUACAUAAUUUAUUUGCGGAAAUUUAAAGGAUGACUGGGAGAAAAGCUGACAAAACCCAUAAGAUUGUAAAGGGUACAUAGUGAAAGGGGUUAAAGAUAGUCAAGUUCUGGUGUUUAGGCAUUGGCACAGGCAUACACAUGCUUGUGAGAUAUUUUAGUUUUUGCAUAAGUAACACAUACAUAUAGUGUUUUUAUGUGUUUUAUAACUAUAUAUACCACUGCAUUUUAAAAUUAUUUAGUAGCCAAACCUAGAGCUUCAAAACGUGGGUUCGUGAAUGAAUGUUUCUGCACUUUCACCCACCACCCCUGGAAUUUUGUGGGCUCGUGUGCAGCAAAUGGCACUAAAGCUGCACUGUUUAUUCGCAGUUUAGUCUGAAACUUCAAACAAAUUCGUAAGAUUUGGAAUUCUUUCUGUGCUUUUUAUUUAGUGUUAAGUAUUAUUUUAGUCAAAAAAGCUUGUCAUUAAUCUAGUUGUAUUGUGACAUUUGUCUUGUGAGGGCUUUCAUAUCAUAGGAGUUGUUACAGCUUUAAAUCAACUUCUAAAAGAAAUUGUGUAAAAUUUAAUUGCCUUUAUGGUGCCAUAUAUUGUCAAUGACUUACUGUACAAUCAUAAGCUGUUGCUCCAGCGACCACUAGCCAAUACUGAUGUCUGUUGCUGAUUUAAUUGGUUAAAUAAAACAGCUUUUGAUAAUUGUUCUAAUAUGUGCAUAUCAGAACAAAAUUUUGUACCUUAUUUUUUAAAUUUAAUGCAUUUAGUAUUCUUCUGGUAAUGAUGAUUAGAUUUAUAAUUGUGGGAAGAUAACUAUAGGCAAAAAAAAUUUAAUUGUGGCUAAAGUGAUACAAGAAAUUGCAAAUCCAUUUUGGGAUAAAUAUUUGUGCUUGUGUAUUGGGUGAACACUGCAAUUUUGUAAGGUAAAUAUGCAAUAAGGUAGGUACAACAAAUUAUUUUAACAUAAAACCAGAAAUUUCAUUCAUUUGUCAGUAUAAAUAACAAUGAUUUAGUUUUCUGGGAAUUACAAACAUAGAUAACAUAAAUAAGUCUUUUAGUUACAAUAUAUUUAUUGUUUAAAUUUAGUGAAGGGCUUAAAUUUUGCUACUACAAUGUUAUUAUUUUUAAAUAUUCAGUAAUGUUAUGUUUAUGCUUUUUAGGAAAAAAAACUCAAAUUGUAAAAUAGAUUAUGGCCCUUCUACAAUUUUGCGGGUAUAUCUGUCUGUGCUGUUCGAGCUGAUGGUAUAGUGCUGAUUGCCCAGACUGGUUCAAGUGGUGCUUUCAGAGUCAGGCAGCUAGAACUUCAUUAUCUAUGAGUAGAGACCUGGAAAUUUCUGGAGUAGCAGUCUUAAAAUUGUUGAGUGACAUAGAGACCAAAAUUCUUGAGUGAAAUACAAGAAAUUCUCAAGUAAAGAUAAAUGCAUAUGAAACAAUGGGCCAUGCAAAAUUACAUGACAGGAAAUUAAAUAACACUGAAAAUGUUUUGUUGUAAGUAAAAAAAAUUUAAGUGAAGCUAAUUUGAAUACUAAUUGAUAAAAGCAUACGGAAAUAACUGGUCUUACUAAAUCUACCACCACCGUUUCGAACAGGAAAACUUCCCCCCUCCCCCUGUAGAAUAGUGGAUUAUUGUCGUCAGCUGGUCGUCUGGGUUGGAAAUCUGUGAACAACUGAGGUCUUGUGAAAUAUAUUGCGAAUAAAGAGCUCAUGAAAUAUUUUACAGGGCAAGGGCUGGUGAAAUACCUGGAUACAUGGAUUUUUCAAUCAUGGAAAUUUUCGGGCAGGAAAGAAUUAUUUCCCAUGGGAAUCAAAAAGGGGAAAAACUUAGUGAUCUAGCAAACCUGUACAAUUUUCUUCCCUGCUUGGCAGUGUCUGCCAUGGAACAGCAAUGUGCGAAUCUGCGUGUUUUAAUACCCUUUAAAAUUUUCCAUCACUUAACUAACAUAUUUUGUACCCACGUUUAUUUUCUUAAAUAUAAAAACUGAAGUUAGUAAGGGAGCUAUUUUAUUUUUCAAAUGCUAGUUGUAUGAAAUAUGUAAUCUCUGUCUUUCGCUCGAGUCAGAUUGAUGCACUAUGGCUACAGUAAUAUUCUCCUGCAAUCCUGCUGCAUUGGCAACUGUUUUGUGAUUAAAAAAAUACUGACUGCAUGAAAAAACUAAUAAAACAGUUGUGGAUAUUCAUGAAUGGAUAUGAAAAUUUUUAAUACAAUCAUUUACAAAGAAAUUUGUGAGGAAUUCACUAGUUAUAAAUGCCUGAAAUCAUAUUUAACUUGAAUUGAAAUUCAUUUACCACUAUUUUAUAGUGUUUGGUAAUUUUUCCAAAAUCCAUGAGUCACGAUUUUUCUGGGUCUCUAGUUAUAAGUAACACAUUUGAGUGGAAACUAAUAAUAAAAUUGUGCAAAAAUACAGUGUUUGUCAACAAAUGUUUAAAUAUAUGUUUUUUUUUAAUAAAUAAUUGUUUUAUUUCUCUUUUUUUUCUAUGUAUUAGGUACAGUUUUGUGUAUUUGUUUUUUAUUGAUUACCAUGUGAAAUGGUAAGUACAAUUUCUAUAAUUACAAAUCCAUCAAAAAAGUAUUGUAUUUCUACAAAAAUAUUUAUUUUUAAGUAACAUUUCAUUACUGUAUCAAAAUGCCACUAGUUUACAGUUUGUUAUAAUUGAAUUUGACAAGAACACAUAAUAACAAUAGCACUGUACUGCUGUAGUAGAAUUUCGUACAUAAUUUGUAAUAACCAAGUGCCUCAACCAAGUCAGUUGUUGCAUGUUUCUACUACUGUCAGACAGCAUUGCAAAACAAUGUGGCCUGUCAUUUCAGACAGCACAGACACAGACAUUAGCCCAAUUGUGGCAGGGCCCAAGGCUCUAAGCAUAAUUUUUUUCAUAAAAUAUGAACAUAUUAUAUCAUAUUUAGUUUUAUUUUCUGUAUAACUAAGUGUAAUUCAGUUAACAUUUACCCAAGUAUAUGCUGAAAAUAAUUAACGAUUGUUACAAAACACUGUGUUUGUAUUUGUAUGUUUAAAACAUAACAUAUAUACAAAAAAUAAUAAUUUUUUCAAUAAAAUUUUGUGGUGAAACCAACAAGUUGUACAUCAGAAUUAAGUUAAAUCUUGAUUUUUACACUUUUGUAUGAUAUUUUAAAAUGUAGAUAAAAUUUCUUUAAUUAAUAAAUUAGAAUUAGGUUGGUAAAUGGU